AUGGGAUCUACCGCGACAAUUCUUUUCUUCAUUUUUUUUUUUUUACAAUUUUCUAAUUUUUCUUCUAUUCCGUUCCUAAUGUUUCUUUUUCCUUGUAUUUCGUUUCUAUUUAUCUCUUUCCACUUCUCUCUUUCUUGCUUUAUUGCAUUUCUGUGUGUCUCUUUAUCUUUCCAUUGCAUUUCUAAUUUUCUCUUUUCAACCUAUUCCGUUCCUACCUGUCGCUUUUUUCAUUCUAUUCCCUUUCAACUCGUCAACUUUUUCCGCCUAUUCCGUUUCUGCUUCUAUCUUUUUCUUUUUCUUCUUAUUUCGUUUCAACUUGUCUUUUCCUUUUAUUCCGUUUCUACGUGUCUCUUUUUCCCCCUAUUCCGUUUCUACGUGUCUUUUUUCCCCCUAUUCCGUUUCUACGUGUCUCUUUUUCCCCUUAUUCCGUUUCUACGUGUCUCUUUUUCCCCCUAUUACGUUUCUACGUGUCUCUUUUUCCUCCGAUACUUGCUUCUUUUUUGCUGCUAUUCCAUAGGUAUUUGUCUCUUUUUUCCCUCUAUUCCGUUUCUACUCUUUCUACUUCUAUCUUUUUUCUUCCUAUUCCCUUUUAAUUUGUCUCUUUUUUUCUCCUAUUCCGUUUCUGCUUCUAUAUUUUUCUUCUUAUUUCGUUUCAACUUGUCUCUUUUUUUCCCCUAUUCCAUUUCUACGUGUCUCUUUUUCUUUAUAUUUCGUUUAUACUUUUUUUUUCACUCUAUUCCGUUUCUACUUGUUCCUUUUUUUCCUCCUAUUCCGCUUGUACUUGUCCUUUUUUUCCUGCUAUUCCGUUUCUACUUGUUCCUUUUUCCUCCUAUUCCGCUUGUACUUGUCUCUUUUUUCCAACUAUUGCGUUUCUACUUAACACUUUUUUCUUGCUAUUCCGCUUCUACUUGUCCCUUUUUCCUCCUAUUUUAUUUCUACUUGACUCUUUUUUUUUUACUAUUCCGUUGCUAUUUCUUUCUGUUUCCUCUAUUCCAUUUAUACUCGGCUCAUUUUCCUCCUAUUCCGUUUCUACUUGUCUCUUUUUUUCCUGCUAUUCUAUUUCUACGUGUCUCUUUUUCUUGCUAUUCCGUUUCUACUUGUCUCUUUUUUUCUUGCUAUAAAAGUUUAUACUUGUCUCUUUUUCCUCCAAUUUCGUUUCCACUCGUCUCUUUUUCCUCCUAUUCCGUUUCUACUUGUCUCUUUGUUCUUUCUUUUCCCUUUCUUCUCGUCUCUUUUUUUCUUUCUUUUCCCUUUCUCAUUGUCUCUUACGUCCUAUUCCGUUACCCCUUGUCUCGUUUUUCCUCCUAUUCCUUUUCACCUCUCUCUUUUUUUUUCUUUCUAUACCGUUCCUACUUGCUUUUUUUUUUUGCCUCCUAUUCCGUUUCUACUUGUCUCUUUUUUUUUCUUUUCUUUUCUAUUUGUCUCUUUUUUCUUUCUGUCCGUUUCUAA